UAGGGGGCGCUUGAUGUUUAUAUUUACGGCAGCUCCGCCUAAAGGAAACGAGGAAGUGAAUUAAAGCACAGAGCAUAGUGACGCAGCGAGCUACACUGGCAGGCAGACAUGGGUGUACAAAUAAAAGUUGAAUACUGUGGUGGAUGAGGGUACGAGCCCCGCUAUCAGGAGCUCAGGCGGGUUGUCACCGCUGAGUUCACUGAUGCGGACGUGACGGGCUUCGUAGGCCGACAGGGGAGCUUUGAGAUUGAGAUCAAUGGACAACUGAUCUUCUCAAAGUUAGAAACCAGUGGAUUCCCCUAUGAGGAUGAUAUAAUGGCUGCUAUCCAAAGAGCCUGUGAUGGCCAGCCAUUGGAGAAGAUCACCAAGAGUCAGCCUCCUUGUGUCAUCCUGUAAUGUGUAUGCUCUUUCUGUUUGGCUCCCGUAACUAUAUCAGCACCUAAGGACAAGUUAGGGAAGGUCUAAAAUGUAAGACUUUGGAAGGUCUGGUGCGGGAUCCCUAAAUGAUCCCUCCUCUUCACUCCUCCUGCCUGGUUGUUGGACUUUAAUGAUUAUUGUAACUAUAAAGUCAGUAGUUAUAGUAUGAGGCCUGCAGUCCAUGCAGUCUUUAAGCAGUAGGAGAUAGAUGAGGGACUUUGAGGAUGGAGCCAAUGAAAGGGUUAUUUUUUUUAUAAAGCCACACUGCCUACGGAAGUUACUGUUUUUCUGCUUGUUGUUUAUUGCUUUUUGUUUUGGGAUUGAAAAUAAAGAGUACAAUUCAAAAUAUGUAUGUAAUGGCCCCAGUAUACUAAAACAAUGAUUGGAAGAAGGGAAUGAAUCAAAACUAAAUUAUCAUUAAAUUAAUAUCAUUAAAUAAGAUUAAAUUUGGGGUGCAAACGUUUUUUAAGUGUCACUUACUGUAGGUUUCCCCUCCCUGUUAUGCUAACAUAAAUAUCUUAGAUGAUUGUAACUUCAAAAAGGCAUUUUAUUGGUUGGGUAAACUAAUAAAAUAACUUGUUUAUGCAUGUUUUUAUCAUACAGUCACUGCCCUAGGGUUAGCGUGUUUUUGUUGCUAUAUGAAAUCUUUUUAAAGACUUUUAUUAUGACACAUUAGACAUAUACAGAUAAUGAAAUCUGUGUUUUAAUUUAAGUUGAUGGUAGUUGUAAAAAGCAACUACAUUUAUCAAAGUUUUUAAGUUUGGUAUGUCUGUUAUUAUACAAUCUCUCACAAAGAUUUGAAAUGAUUAAAAGGCAUUUAUCAUAUACUUUAGGUAAUAAUGAUUUUAUUUAAAAAAUAUUCGAUGUUAGUGUUGUUAAACGCAGUGAAAUGUGAAUUUCUGUUAGCUGCUAAUGAUGGAGGGCAUAGCGCUAUUUAGCUUCCUAUUGGAUGAACAUAAUUGUUUAAAUUAUUUACUUUUUUAACUUGAGUUUAAAUAAAAUACAUGGACUUUA